AUGGCGGACUGGGCUGCCGAGUCCGAAUCGCACUUUCAGCUUGCUGCGCGACAGCAGCUAGCCACACAGAGUCCCAAGAAGCAAAGUAUUCAAGCCAGCUUUGUGAGCUCUCAAUCUGAGGCGGCACGUUUGGGAGCUCCGCUUCUCAGGCGGCCCUCGCACGAGAAUGGCCGACCAGCGCCAGCGCCUCAUGCGUCGGCUUCUGAACCCCGCCGCCGCCGACCUCCAUCAAGUCCCCGUCGAAGCGCGCCGACAACGCCUACGGGCAAAGGAAAGGCGCAGCGCGAUGCCAACCCCACUGGUUCCUUGCGUAUCACUCUCUCGUCGCCCAGCGCUGGGUCACACCCUUCGCGCGCAGUAAAAUUGGUGCCCAGCCCCCAAAAGCCCUCAAGUAGCCCUGGCAAGGUGAGCAACGACGAAAAGCCCAGCCCUCGCAAGACGCCCAAUCGAAAAUCCAAGUCAGCCUCCAAGCAUUCAGCUGCCGUUGCAGCAUCGCCAGACUCAAAGGCCGUGCCUGCUGCCGCCGCCGCCGCCGCCGCAAGCGCUGAAAAGCCAACCAACCAAGCGCCAAAAAGCAAGAAUCAAGGUAAAAAGCAAAAGAAAAAGUCUCGUGGUAACGGUAACAAGGGCACGGCGCACAGGACCGUAUCGACUCCCCCCGCCACGACCCCCUCAAAUUCGACCAGCCCGAUGGUGUUGCCUGCACCCACUGGCACGCCAAAAGCCUCUCCGGCCAAGCCAGCCGACGGAACGCGGACGCCUUCGCCAGAACCGAAAAGCGCCCUCUCCACCACCAGUUCGCGAGGCCAGAUGUCGCUCAAAAGCCAGCGCUCAUCCCAACGCCGCUCGCGCACUGCCACUGCGCAUCGGGAAGGGGCCUCGGAUCGCGCCCCCUUGAGCACCGAUGCCACUGACGUGCGCAAAAAGCUCUGGCCCUCCACCUUUGAUGCAGCGUUGAGUGACGAACAGAUGAAGGGCAGCCUCUUGGAGGCAGGAGCCGCGCAAGAUCUCUCCCUGCUAAUUGCCUCAGAGCUUGUGAGUUCGCUCAUCAACGAGGCCACUGCCUCAUGUGCGCAAGCGCCAUCUCAGGGCGCCAUUGGUAUUUUUGAGCGCCCCGUCGUGCCGAUCAGCCCACAGGCCAAGGACUCGGCUGCAUCACCCAAGCCCGAGUUCUCACCUGCCUUGGUCGUGUCUGUCGGUGCUGGUGACAAGUUUGCUUUCACCAAUAUCGCCGAGGCCAAGAUUAACAUCGCUCCUCAAGCUGCGGGCAAAGCGACUGGUCCGCCAAGCGAUGAGCCCGCGCAUGAGCCCGCGCAUGAGCCCUUGGUUGCCGCCAGCAAGAACGCUACGGCCAGCACCACUAGUGUUGUUGAAGAGGCGUGCAAUUCUGAUGACGAAGCAGCUGCCCAGAUGGCUUCGGUUCUAGAGUCUACCGAGAGCGGAAACGAGGGCGCGACGAUGGCUGCUGCAGAACCCGCGACUGAGCCUACGAGUGUGGGUUCGGUGAGUGAGGUAGCAAGCAAGGACAUCGAGCCAGCAAGUGAUAUGACUGGUGUCGCAGACGAGGCCACGCCUGCUCAAGCCCAAGCCACGGACGAGGAUAAGGUCGUAAAGCUUCCGAUCGAAGGCUCCAUCGAGGUGGUGGGGCCAACAACUGAAGCCGCCACUGAGAGCCCCAAGCCCAUGCUUGAGACCGAUGGUGAGAGUUUGGAGAUGACGAGUGAACCCACUGAGGGGUUAGUUGAGGAGGCAUCUGAAGCCGCGGAGCCUGACAGCACGACGGCGGAGCCCGCUGUUGAAUCUGACAAUCACCAGCUCUCGGAGCUGACAGCUGAUGACACACACAAAGCCGUCCAUCAUCAGCCCCCGUCAUGGCCUGCAACACCAGUCGCACGCAGUGCAGAGCACGAGACUUCGGCCGACUUCAGUGUCAUGUCGGCCUCACUGGUUGCAUCAGUCUCCCAUGCCAUCUCCACCGAAGAAGCGCACGCUUCAGAGGCUGAAGAGCAACUCGCGCAGGCCUUGCAUGAAAAUGCCGAGCUGCUGGAGCAGCUCAACUCACUUCAUGCUGAAGCACAGCGACAGUUGGAGAUUGAUCAGUUGCAGACAGAGCAGCGCUUGCAUAAUGACAACAAAGACCAGGCGCUCGCACGAAUCGUGCGUUUGGAACAAGAGGUGUCAGGUCUGCGUUCGAUCCAACUGGCCAGUGAGGAGGAGGUCAUUGAGCUACGCAAGCAAUUGGCAAGCCAAACGGCUUCCAAAGAUGAGGCACGCGGACGCUGUCAAACGCUCGAAGAGGAAUGCGGCCAACUGCAAGCCGAGCUCGCACAACUUGAACAGACCCGGGCCGAGCAAGAGAAAUCUGCAAUCACUCGUACAGCAAGCCUCCAGGAGCAGCUUAAUCAGGCACGUCGAGAGCUGGACGAGGCCCUGACAUCCCUCAAAAAGAAAACUUGUGCCAUGGACGCCGAGAAGCAGGCACAUGCCAAAACUGUCAAGGAUUGGGAGCUCAAGCAGGCCGAGGUGAGCAAAGAGCUCGAAGCUGCGCAGGCCAGUGCCCAAGCCAGCGCCAAAUCUCUCGAGUCCUCUGCGAACGAGUACAAGCUUGCGAUUGAUCGGUUGCGCAAGGAGCGCGAUGAUGCUCUCGGUAGCAAACGAGCCAACGAGCAGAUGUCUCAACAACUGCAUUCACAGCUUGCUACUGUGCGUGCGGAGCUGGCCGAGAGCCAAAGUUCGGUCCAAGCAAAGGAUGUUGAGCUGACCUCUGCGCGAGAGGAGUGUUCUCGUCUUGCACAAGAAAUUGAGCAGCUCCAGGCAGAGUUGGCACUGCGGUCCGACGAGACACAGGAAUUGGAUGGCAAUGCCACUGUGUACCUUGAUGCUCAAUCUGAUUCACUCAUCGAUAGCGCAGCCCCAACACCGGCGCGACCACAAACGCCCGGCUCGCGCAUGGCAAGUCCCACCCGCCGAGGUCUUGCAGGCCUUCAAUUGCUGCAAAAAAUUGCACGUCAUGCUCCUGCAGGAGAAGAUGUCACUCUGACCGUUAACGAGCAGAAAUGCAUGAGUCGCUUCUACCACGGGCUCUCGUCACACGGCCAGCAGCUCUGGCAUUUGGUGGAGUACUUGGAGCGCAUUCGCCGCGGGCUGACCUCGUUGGAGACUUCGCCUGCACCUCUCUCGCCGCUUCGAGAGGCCUCUUCGGGGGAUGAGAGUGCCAAUCUUGACUUUGGGCAAUCGAUCAUGGGCUUACGCACGGUACGCACGGAAGCUUUGCUCUGGCAGCUCCUGUUUUCGUAUCAGUGA